AUGCCUCAGUUCGAGUCUGCCCGUCAGGCAGUCGAAAGCGUGAUUGCGUUUAGCAUUGCCUGCUCAGAUGCAGAAUUCGGGCAAAAUCGCUGUGGCGUUGAUUUCAAGUCCACGACGGAGCCCUUCUGCUUCCCACCCUCCACGUCGCCCGAUCGUCAGCCUUUGUGUUUCUCAAAUGUACGAAAGGGUCGAUCCUGCUCCUUGUCUUGUCAGUCAGCUCGAGAGCACCAGCUGCCGCCGCAAGGUGUGGCGACUUGUGCUGGUUGCGCAACUUCAACGCUGCCAAGUUCAACGCCGACUUGGGAGCUCCCCACAGCGCCACCGCCAGUACCCAUUCCCGCUCCUGAUACACAUGACCAGUUCCAUCAUCAUUAUCAUCAUCAGCAUCAGCAUCAUCAUCGUCUCUACCAUCAUGCCUUGUCGCCCAUGAGUGCAGCACCUCACGGUGGCGUGUACGCUUCCCCUCAGCCAUCACGCUUGCUCGCAUCGGCGAUCGGCCGAAGGUGGGCCGCGCGCGCGCAAUUCCACCAGUCCCUGUCCAGCGAUGACAUUGACUGGCUGCUGCCUGAAAGCCUGCAUCGCUCGCGCCUCGAACAUGCCAAGCACGUGCGGUGUGCGGCGAGCACACUUUCGUCGCCCGCAACGCGUUCUGAUAACUUGCCCUCGCCGCUGCGAAUGCCCUCUCUUCACAAGAGCUUGAUCUCUGCUCACGCCGCGACCAUGACCGUGAGCAACUCUGAGUGCUGCAACUCGCAUGCCUGCUCGCUCGUGUGCAACCAGAGCCGCACCAAUCAGCCGCCGUUCUUGGGUUUGUGCCCGGCUUGCGGCGCUCCGCCAGGCGCUUUGUUCUCUGACACUGGUCCCACCGCUAAAACUCUGGACGUGCUGCACAUGCACAGCCCGCAGCAACUGCACCUCGGCGGGCUGCCUCCUUCCAUUCAUGGUGUGACCACCGAGGCCGAUUCGCCAUCAAUGUUCGCCCUGGUCACCGACAGCGUCGCGACGUCGCUGUCUCCGUGCUGUGCGACUGCCCGCGACAAUCCUUUUGUCUUGCGAGACAAGAGGGAUGUGCACGCCACAUGCGACGCCAGUAGCUACAGCCGCGCGCAGCCAGAGGAUCUGGAAGCAGACCACGCCCAGCACGAGCAGAAGGCGGUGGUGGCGAAACGCAAACUUUCCCUCCUUCGGCCCGCAACUCCCCCACGUCGCAUCACAACCCCGCUCGAGCUCCCGCCAGCCGCACUGCCAAUGACCGAAGAAAAAGAAGACGGAGAUCCUGGCUCGAUGGCCGCUUUGUGCGACGACGGAAGCGGCCAGCCUCAGAUACGUCACGCGCAGGGUGACACAUUGGCGAAAAAUACCUUCGCCCUCUCCUCGCGCUGCGCUGCUGGCAAAGAGUUGUCCACCUCCGCAUCGGCCUUGCCUAUACUCAACUCCACAUUCCAGCGGGCCUUGUCGCCAUGUGCCAACCCGUCGUCCUCCUCGUCGUUGACCGCAGAACCUCCGGUACCGGCUCGAAAUGACGACAACACCAACGCGCUCAGCAAUUUGCCAGGAUUGCGACAUGAGGCGAAUGUUUCCGGGCGUUCCGAAUUGGAAGAUUCACACAGUUUACUUGCUCCAGUUUCAAAUUGUCGACCACAACAUUCAAAGGCGACAACGGAUUCAACCAUCGAGCAGCGACCCAUUGAGCCGACCCUCCUGACCGAACGUACAGCAUCUUGCACCCCACAGCCACUUGGGCCAACCCGAUCUACUGAGGCGUUGAGACGCGCGGAUCUUGAGAGCUCCAUUGGAACGUUGCGUCCAAAUUCUCCCGCUUCGUCCACAACAACAGCUGCGUUCGUCCCAAGAGGCGCUGCACCCGACUGCGUUUCAGAGGAUACUUUGUGCCAUAACACUUUCGCUUUUGGUGCACCAGCAGAGUCGAGGCCUCCGUCGCACCCGCAAGUCACCACGUUCAGGGAAAUGACUCUGCUUGAGGCACGUCCGUUCGGCCAAUCGAGCUCCGACUCGCCCCCGUUCAUGCAGGACUGGCCGGCGCCACCAUCGAACUCGCUCGCCGGUAAUUUGAACGCAAACGUCGCAACGUCCACCCACCUCGCGGUUUCGCCUCUUCCUAGCGUACCGCGCGCCUCUCCCGUCAAGUUUGAGCUUUGGCGACCACGGUCACCCCGACCUCGCGCAGCCACAGUGUCUCAUCCGCCCGCACUCAUCGGGUCUUUGCGUCGAGCUCGCUCAGCGACAACGACGUCGACUCCGAGUAUGACCGCUUCGACUACCACCACCACCACCACCGCCGCUGCUGCUGCUGCCGCUGGCCUUCCAACUUUGACAUCUCCAAGCUCUAUCAGCAUGCCAACCAGUUUUGUUUACGCUGCCGAUGCGCGACGCGUGAUUGACUAUCGUCACCCAAGUCGAUCUGGCGUUUCUCCUCUCCAUUCCAUUCCAGACAUGUGCGACGACCAGGCUACGCUUUCCACCAAGCCAGACGCCGCCGAUUCAGGAGAUGCGUCAGACGCGUCCCGCCCGUCUACCCACCAAUCGGCUGAAACGGAUGAUUUCCACGGCUCAAGGCGGACUUCAACGCUGGUACGCCAGGACGCCUAUCAUCUCAACCCAGCGCCGCCGUCAACGUCCUGGAAAUGUCCUGUCGCGCAACAACAACUACGGAGCGAACCAAGUCCCGCAUGCCACCUCUUUCCAGGGCGAAGCGCAGCUGUGACACCCGUUUCUGGGAACUGCACUCGACAACUCUCGCCAGUCCCAGCCAGCGGCCCCGCAUCUCCGAACAAUCCAGACGACGCCAACCCACCCCUCCCAUCACUGGCGAAUGUCACCAGUCACCAUCGGUUUGCUACUCUGACGCGGGCAGCCACAGAGUCACCUCCCGCAUCGUCCCCGCUCGUCACACCAACAGGUUCACCAGCACCUAUUCCGGGUGGCCGACAGGCCUCGCUCCCGACAGAAAUGUCUACCUCUCUCCAGAAUGACCCUACGGCGUGCAGUCGGCUGUUGGCGUCUCGUCGCUGCAAAAAGCCACUGCGUCCAUUGUCGAUCGCGACCAUUUCCGCGUUCUGUACCAAAUCGAACGGAAUGGAUGAGAACGACGUGGUUGCGCAGCCACGGUUGCGCAUCAAUGUGGGUACAGAAAACACAAAGCGAACAUCCACCCGAGCUUCUGGCGGUGGUGGUGCUGCUUCGCCCACGACUGGAAACAGCUCGACAAGCAGCACGCUCCACGCCAUUUCUGCGCCGUGCAUCCCCGCCGAAGACGACUGUCCGCCCCAGUUUAUGACAACCCAACCAUCGCAAAUCCUUCCGUUGCUCUACUUGGGCAACCAGUACAAUGGCACCGACCUGCAAGUGUUGAACAAGUUCCACUUCAAGUUUGUGCUGAACGUGGCGCGUGAGUGUCCGUUCCUGCCCGAGCAGCAAGCCACCAUGUCCGACGUGCGCUGCAAAAAGUGCGACUUGGCCGACUCGUUCAACGAGAAUAUAAGCAAGGUGUUUGAAACGGCUUUUGCUUUUAUCGACGAAGCCAUUCAAGCCAAGCAGCGCGUGCUCGUGCAUUGUCUCGCGGGCAUUUCGCGCUCUGCCACCAUCACCAUUGCGUACAUGAUGCGUACUUACCGCAUGCGACUGCACGAUGCCUAUGCCUUUGUCAAGCAACGAAGGCCCAUGAUCUCGCCCAACAUUAACUUUAUGGGCCAGCUGGUCGAGUACGAGCGCAUCUUGUUUGGUGAUUACGAGUACUCGCCUGGCAUGGCGGGCAGUGGCUCGCCAGGGGCGGAUCGCGAACGUGCGGUCGAUCGCAGUGCACGUUUGCAUGCUGCUUCGUCGUUGCUGUCCGGCAGUGGUGGCGGCGGCCCGCGGACUGCCAUGUUCCUCACUUCGCCACCUGCGGCGCAGUUUGGCGCGUCCCAGCCGCCAGUGCACCCCAACCCACUCCGCAUUCAAUCGCCACUUUCGAGAAUGCAACCGCCGACGUCGGCGGUUGGUGCUUCUUCGCCCACCACGACCUCCCAACCUCUCUUUUCGAGCCUUCUGUCCGCGUUGAAGAGCGGUGGAGUCGGCAGCAGUGGCGGAGGCGGCAACUCGGGUACGGCUGCCGCUCCAGCCCUCAGCCCAUCGCACUCGAUGCGCUCUUCGUCUGCCAAUCUGCUCCGGACCUUCUCCCGCGACUUUGCGGUUGCCUCGGGGCGAGGGGAUGGCGAACAGCAACAGUACUGGAUGCCACUACUCAGUUCCAGCAGCAACACGCCAGUCGCUCCGGCGUCAUCGUCCAACAACGUGCGUUCGACGCCCACUCCGCCCUCUGGCACCCCAGUUCAAGCCUAG